AUUCAGUUUGUUUUGUUAGUCGUCGCUCUUUAUUUGCUGUGAGUGGAAGUUCGGAUAUAAUAAAUUCGAAAUGCCGUCGUUUAUUACAUCUGAAAUGGAAAAAGUCAAUCUCAAAUUUAUUGAAUUAGUAAAGAAACAUGAAUGCAUUUGGAAUAGAGAUGAUAAAGAUUACAACCAAAGAGCGCCAAUUGAAGAAGCUUGGAAUAAAAUUGCGAAAGAAACGGGUGACACACCUAAAAUGUGUCAUUCGCACUGGCAACGAAUUCGUAGAGCUUACUCAAGAUCGUUUAGAAUAAAUCCUUAUGGAUCAUAUCAAAAACACAAAUAUUACUUAGCUAAAGCUCUUGAAUUUGUUCGUCCGCAUAUUAAGUAUGGAUGUGAACUUGAAGCAGAUAACGGUAACAAAGACAAAAUUUCUAAUGACACAGAUGAUUCACAUGCAUCGGUAACAGAAAACGAAAUUAAAGACGAACCAUACGAUUCUGACGAUGAUACGGCUUCUACAUCUCAAAAUGUGGAGCAGAUUUUAUACGAAAUAAUUAAAAUGGAAGAUGAGAAUGAAUCUAAAGAUACUAACGAAUCAGACCCAGCCAAAUCUCCCAGCAACAAACGAACAAAUGUUGAAAUGGGAAAUGAGAAUGAAUCUGGACAUACUACCGAAUCAGAGCCAGCCAAAUCACCUAACAUCAAACGAAUAAAAGUAAAAGAUUCAAAUGAAGAAAAGAAUACCAAAGAAACAAAUGAAAUAGACAAGGAUGUUCAUCCGAAUUCAAGAUUAAUUGAAGCAAACAGAAAGUUUUUUGAGAGUUUGAUUCCAUUCGUUGAUGAAAUGAAUGCCCAACAAAACCGCCGUUUUAGGCGUGAAUUAAUGUGCCUUGUUGAUGAUGUUUUGGAUGAUAGAGAUCUUAACGAGGAAAAAUAAAAGUUUUUAAAGGGAAUGAAAGUUUGAUUCUAAUUUUUGUUUUCUUUUUAUCUGGAGCAUAAUGCAUUUUAGAAGGAUUGAAAGU